CGGGUACCGGGGACUUUACUUUCAUAACGCUUCUUAUCCCUGCACCGAAGAGACAGUCACCAACUGGAAUCAAAUGUUACAUCCCACGGGGAUGGCCAGGGUAAGCUGGGGAGAGCCCCGUCGCUUCCGAAAAGCAGGCACAGUCAGGAUGGAGUAGGCAAGGAACUGAGGCUCUUCAUGUGGUUGGGUGGGAACGAAAUGUCGCCCCCAUUCGUUCCAUAGUGAAAUGUAUUGUCCAUCCUUUCAUGGCGCAAGCCCAGGCAACAGCACAACAUGCGAAUUGCUCCCGUACAUACUUACUUAUCUGUCUGUCGACGGCAAGCCAAUUAGUCGAACACACAAUUAGCUCUGAAGAACCGCCUUUGCACGCAUAUCCUCCUCCAUAUGUAUCUUUUUCGCAGAGCAGCUCCGACGUCAACUCCAUUUGUGGGCUCGUAGCACGAUCGGCGGUCGCACGUGCAGAUCGCAGUGAAAGAAAUCAAGCCCGCUCUGCGCCCCAUCAGCUCGACGGAGACGGCGGCGAAAUGCCACGGAGCCGAUAGAUAGUCACGUGAUAAUAUCUUGGCAUUCAAUUGCGCUGCUUAACUAAUGAACGAGCGCGAGCUGGGCGCUCGCUUAGCUAAGCGCACACAACCCGCCAGGACCACACAAAAUAUUGAUUCGAUCGCAAUUUUGUUCCAACCGACAGGACUCUCACCACACCCGUCGACUAACGCCAAACAGGUCCAAGAUGAGUCACCGGAAAUACGAAGCGCCUCGGCACGGCUCUCUGGCUUUCUUGCCACGAAAGCGCAGUGCCAGACAUCGGGGCAAGGUUAAGAGCUUCCCAAAGGAUGACCCCAAGAAGCCUGUCCACCUUACCGCUGCCAUGGGUUACAAGGCCGGUAUGACCACCACCGUCCGCGAUCUUGAUCGUCCUGGUGCCAAGAUGCACAAGAAGGAGAUCGUUGAGGCCGUCACCAUUAUCGAAACUCCUCCAAUGAUCGCCGUCGGCAUUGUCGGAUACAUUGAGACUCCUCGCGGUCUCCGAUCGCUUACCACCGUCUGGGCCGAGCACUUGAGCGACGAGGUCAAGAGACGGUUCUACAAGAACUGGUACAAGAGCAAGAAGAAGGCCUUCACAAAAUACGCCAAGAGCUACUCAGAGAACAAGGGCGCCUCCGUCACCCGCGAACUCGAGCGCAUCAAGAAAUACUGCACUGUCGUCCGCCUUCUCGCACACACUCAGAUCCGCAAGACCCCUCUCAAGCAAAAGAAGGCCCACCUCAUGGAAAUCCAGGUCAACGGUGGUUCCGUCCCGGAGAAGGUUGACUUCGCCCACGGUCUGUUUGAGAAGCCAAUUGAGAUCGACUCCGUCUUCGAGCAAGACGAGAUGAUCGAUGUUAUUGCUGUCACCAAGGGCCACGGUUUCCAGGGUGUCACAAGCAGAUGGGGUACCAAGAAGCUUCCUCGCAAGACGCACAAGGGUCUCCGAAAGGUCGCUUGUAUUGGUGCUUGGCAUCCAUCCCACGUCCAGUGGACCGUUGCCCGUGCCGGUCAAGACGGCUACCACCACCGUACAUCCGUCAACCACAAGAUCUAUCGCAUUGGCAAGGGUUCUGAUGAGGGUAACGCCUCCACUGACUUCGAUGUCAGCAAGAAGCAGAUCACUCCAAUGGGUGGCUUCGUCAGAUACGGUGAGGUGAAAAACGACUUCAUCAUCCUCAAGGGUUCCUGCCCCGGUGUCAAGAAGAGAGUCCUCACUCUCAGAAAGACCCUCUUCCCCCAAGUCAGCCGCAAGGCUCUGGAGAAAGUGGAAUUGAAAUGGAUCGAUACCUCUUCCAAAUUCGGCCAUGGUGCCUACCAGACCGCCGCGGAGAAGCGGGCGUUCAUGGGUACUCUCAAGAAGGAUUUGGCUGCUGCUCCAUGAGACGUUUCUUUUGUUUUUAAUGGCUGGGGUUGAUGUGGAGCAUGGUAUCUUUUCAUCAGCGGUUGUAUCUACUUUGAUGACAAGAAAAUUCAAUUCUACGGGUUUCUUCUAAUAC